AUGGCGUCAAUCCUCUUCUGGCUCCUCACAGCCACCACCGUCAUCACCCUCACCGUGCACCUCCUCCUCUUCCUCGCCCGCGCCCUUCACGCACCCGCCCUCGAAUUCUACGGCCGCUCAAUCGCCUCCUUCGCCGCCCUCUUCAUAUGCGCAACCUACGGCACCAUCGCCUCGGCAUGUCUCAACGUAGUCGGGUACGGCGGGCUCGGGCAAUGGACGACCGCGCGGAGCUUCAAGUGGAUCAUGCUGCUCUUCACAGGCGUGUGGUUUGAGAUUGAGGACGAGAAGGACUGGUUGAAUACUACAAGGCCGGCGGUUUUCGUGGGCAAUCACCAGACGGAGUUGGAUGUGUUGUUUUUGGGACAUAUGUUUCCUAAGUAUUGCAGUGUGACGGCGAAGAAGAGUUUGAAGUUUGUGCCGUUUUUGGGGUGGUUUAUGGCACUUAGCAAAACCGUCUUCAUCGAACGCUCUUCCCGCGAGCAGGCCGUCGCAGCCUUCGCCAAAGCCGCCGAGCAGAUGCACUCGGCCAAGCAAUCCGUCUACAUCUUCCCUGAAGGUACUCGCAGCUACUACGAUCACCCGGACAUGCUGCAAUUCAAGAAGGGCGCCUUCCAUCUGGCCAUUCAAGCUCAAGUGCCCAUCGUACCGAUUGUCGUUGCGAACUACUCGAAUGUGCUCAACAUCAAAAAGAAGCUAUUCAGGCCUGGUGUCAUUCCCGUCAAGGUGCUCGAGCCGAUUUCGACGAAGGGCAAUACCAAAGAGGAUGUUGAUGCUUUACUGGAAGAGACCAGGACGAAGAUGGUUCGGACGUUGAAGGAGAUUACUGUGAAAGCGCGAGCAGAUGGCAUUGCUCUGAAAGAGGAAGAAACCAGCGGCAAGAUGGCGAACGGGGUCAGCAGUGGUGUUGACACUGCAAAGGCGUGA